AUGCGACUACCAUUGACUGGUCUGACUCUGCCAAUCAGGCCACAACGAGAAUCUCAACAAGCCGAGGCCAAGCAGGGGGGACUUCCCACAUCGAUGCUGCAGAAAGUCGUUUCAAGCAACAAUGAUGCUAUGAAUAUCCUCUAUGAAGCAGCAAUUCGUGAGGAAGGUCAAAAUGUGAUGGAUGAGAGGCCCGCGGACUCAGCUUUAUGCAUUCCUCGUAGCUUGAACGAGACGGACGCACUUCGCAUCUGGAAUGCUUGCCGCUUCGUGAAAAUGGGCUGGUUCUCAUCGCAUGAAGCUAUCACAUUAGUCGAUCAAUUCUUCGCAAACAUGAGCCCCCUUUCUCCGGUUUUGACGGACUUUUUUGCCUCACAUAAAAAUCAGUUCUACUUGGUGACACAAGAGCCGAUGUUAUGCUGUACUAUCCUCAUGAUUUCUUCACGGCAUCAUAUCCUGCCUGGAGUUGGAGGUCGCUCCCGGGCAUUUUUCAUCCAUCAACGCAUGUGGCAGCAUUGCCAGCAUCUACUGAUGCGGCUGACUCUCGGCCAAGAGAAAAUAUCCAAAGCAAAGACGCGUAACAUUGGAAGUAUUGAAGCUUUGCUGCUAAUGUCUGAGUGGUUUCCACGACACCUACAGUUCCCUCCCGAGACGGACGGCUGGGACUCUGAUUUCAUCAUGACGAAUUUGGAUGCACGCGAUCCUCCCUUGCCAGUUGAAGAGAUACCUGUCUCUGAUACAUGGAAACAAGAUGUUGUCGAACCUACAAAACGAUUCGAGCAUAUGUCAUGGAUGGUCUUGAGUCUUGCUUUCGCGCUUGCCCAUGAACUAGGUGCCUUUGACCCUAAUGCGCGGAUGCUGAAAGCUGGUGACCUGCUUGGUUUCGAUGCUGAGAUGUACCUUCAACACCUUGAACUAAGGAGACAGCGUCUUCCAAGUCUACUUUUUGUGUUUAUCAAUGCAUUAUCAUCUAGACUCGGGUGCACAUCCCCGAUGCCUUCGGAUGUUGGCCUUAUGACACCAGACCCGGCAUUGCUUCAACUGGACAAAAGGGGUAACGAGUGGCUGUCAUUCAUGAAGUCAUGGAGAGAACUGAGCAAACUGACCUCGUCAAUUAUGCAAACAUUAUUUCCAUUGAUGGGUACGUCUUUGGCAACGGGAUCAGCGGAAGCGUUUUUCUCCAUCUUAGAACAAAAGCAGACCUUAUUGGCGAACUGGCGGCAAAGGAACUUGAGCAUCGCUGUCCCUGGGUCAUCUUACACUGAUAUACUUUUUGUCGAACAUCAGCAUCUCCGUGUACUCAUUAAUUCGAUCGGAAUGCAGGUCGUGGUGCAGCGAGUUUUGUCGAAGACCACCUAUGCCGAGUCAACAAUUGAUAAUUCCUUCAUAGAAAGAGCACGUCAGCUGAACAUGACUGCUCGGGAGUACGGGUUCAUCGAGGAAGUAAUCGAUGGCUGCUGUCAGACACUUGAGAAAGUGGCUACCCUUGGCAAUGCAGGCUCACUGUACUUCUCCCCUAUGAGGUUGCUCUUCCGGACAAUAAGCUCUUCAAUAUUUUUAAUGAAAGCUCUUGCUCUAGGCGUGCGCAACAGCAAACUUCAGGAAGCCUUGCAAAUUCUUGAUCGAGCUAUAGAGUCUCUGCAAGACAAUAAAGAGGAUGACAACCACAUGAAACUACGAUAUGCGACCCUUUUGAAUACACAGGCUGCUAGACUACGGAGAAGUCUGAUUUCUUCGGUUCCAACACUUGAAGCUCCCACUGUCGAUUCUGGUCUUCUUCACAGGCCUUUACAAUCACUGGAAAUUUAUCCGUCAAUGACUUCUGCCCUCAAUAAUGAUCACGAGGGAUUAUCCAACUUAUCUGGUUUUGAUCCAGAAGAUCCCCUUGAUUUUGAUGUCAACGACUGGCUAUCUUUACCCUUCGAGCCGUCUAUGGUUCCAUUCGGACCGGGUGAAGGGGAUAGUUGGGCUAGGCUAGACGGUGUUGACUUGAAUCUGGAGUUUCUUUGGCAAUUGCCCGCAUAA